UUCACUAUCUAAAUAAAAUGCAAAAUAUGGAGCGUGUUUAUGUUAAGAGAAAAGUAAAAAUAACAUAAGUAUUUUAUACAACUUUAUUAGUUAAAUUAUUGAAAUUUUGGUAAACAAUAAAUUUAAAAAGGCGCCAUAAUGUUUUAGCGCAUCCAGCCGUUACAAGUAGAAAUGUUUGCUUUCUUUGAUAUUUAAUUUCUAUAUAAAAUUUAAUGAAAAGUGAAGUGAAAAGUAUAUUUUUUAAAUUUUAUAGUUGUUAAGAAAAGGAUUCUACAUAUUACAAAGCGAAUUCUUAUUUAUCUUUAGUGUAUGUACAUUAAAAAAUGUGUGUACUAUUAUUCAACAUUUGACUACAUAAAUUAUACAUGAUGUACUGCUGAAGCAAAUACUGAGUUUUAAAAAGAAAAACAUACACAAUGUUAAAAAUAUUAAAGGAAUAUAAAGUGACUAUUUUUUUAUUCCUUCCUAUUUCUUUCUUAUUUGCAAUUGAUGGAAGUGCAAUAUUGAAAGAAUUAGGAGAGAAACAGUACCAAAUAAUUAAAGCAAAAUCUUCCUUAUCGCAACAUGGGAUUUGUUGGCAGACUGUUAUCAAUGCAAUAAAAGUUAGUUGUGAUAAAUUAAACGAUCAAGAGCACGCUCUUAUUGCUUUAAAAUUGACAAAUUGUUUUUUAGAAGACUCUGGACAUAAAAUUUAUGAUUGUCAUCUUAUUGAUGUAGAAAAUCAACGCCGAAAGUGCAUUAAUAAUAUGUCAGAUAGGGCAUUUAGUGUGUAUAAUGAAUUUUAUGUGCACACUACACACAUGUGUUUUUAUUUAAAUUAUGAAGCUUGGCAAGCUGAAACUGACAAUACCAUUAAACAAUUAUACCAAGUUUCUUCUCGGAUGAGGGAACAAUUGUUAGAAGCUUCAGAAAUACAAGGAAACAUGCUUGAAAGUCAAAAACAGAGUCUACAAAUGCAAAACAAGCUUUUAUCUCAUGGAAAAGAACUUGGUUCUGUAUUAAAGUCUUCUUCUGAAAGUGUUAACAACCUGGUUAGAGAUUUUAAAGAAUCAGCAAAAGAUCAAAGAGAAUUAUUGUUCCAAAUCUUUUCAUAUGUUCGCACAUUUCAAAAUUGGAUUGUUGGAGAAGUCUCUUGGUUUCAGUCCAUUAUAUAUUACACAAUCAGUUGUAUUUUGUCUGCAGUGUUUAGUUCUUCUAAGAGAACUGCAGAUGCUAGAAUCACUCUCUUCACAAUCCUAAGUUUAAACGUUAUUGUAGAACGAAUGUUAGUUCAAUAUUAUGAUAAUGUGUAUCAUUCCAUUGACAAUAAGGACAGCUUAGUGAGUACAACAUGGAUGUAUAGAAAAAUAGCUCUCACUCUUUGUGCUAUUACAUUAAUUUGUACAUAUCAUUAUUACAGAGAUGAACAAGUAGAAAAUUAUAAAGCGCUAAAACGCAUUGAACAUCAAUUAAGUACCAUACAAGAAACUACAUCUAUUUCUACAAAACAUCCAGUCCGUUAUUGUACACGAUUAAGUGUCAAACGUUUGCAAGCACAGGCAAAUAGACAGACUAGUACAGAAGCUCUUUUGUAGUAUAAAUCAAAUUGAUUAUUGUUUAUUUUUAUUAUAUAUUAAUUAUUAUAAAUAUAAAUUAAUUAAUAUACGUGUAUUAUUUAUA